AUGAGUCAAGUUGGUGGUCCCAGAAUCAAGCUAAACUCUGGCCAGGAGAUCCCAUUAGUCGGCCUAGGGACCUUCAAUGUUGCGGAUGUGGAUAAAGCCGUUGACGUCGCGUUGAAAACGGGUUAUCGUCAUUUUGACACCGCUAAAUUGUACCAGAAUGAGGCCCAGUUGGGAGAUGCGUUGCAAGUGAGUGAUAUAGUACAACAAAAAGAAUAAUAAAUUUAUAGAAAUAUCUGCCGAAAUACGGCGUAAAGCGAGAACAGAUCUUCCUGACUACCAAGUUUUUUCUUGGUCCUGAGAAAAACACUCAACGGACAAAAGAGUUGGUCGAGGAAUCACUUAGAGAUCUGAGGACAGAGUACUUGGACUUGGUUUUAAUCCAUUUCCCCAGGGCAUUGGAGAAGGAAAACGAUGAUCCUACCAAUGCCGACGACCGAAAGGAGAUGUGGUUGGCAUUGAAGGAGUAUAAUGGUAAGUUCUAUAAGCCAGUUUGCUGGAAAUGGGUACGUCCUUUCAGAAAAGGGAAUAAUCAAAUCUAUUGGCGUCUCCAACUACGAAGUCCGACACCUCGAGGAGAUCCCAAAGUAUUCUUCGACUCUCCCAGCAGUCAUCCAGCUGGAAUUUCAUCCUCAUUUUCGACGACAAGAAAUCAGGGAUUACUGUAAAAAACACGGAAUCUUCUUCCAAGUAAGUCACUAUUCACAUACCCUUAUUAUCACUUAGGCCUUCUCCUCACUUGGCCGCUACUCGCCUAAUCUUAUCAACGAUCCUACUGUAGUUGCCACCGCAAAAAAGAAUAAAACCUCUGUUGAACAGGUACUAUUGUCAUACGCUACUUCUCAAGGGAUCGGAAUCGUCCCUAAAUCAAGCACACCGGAGAGAAUUGUCGCCAAUUUUAAAGUUGUUGACUUCAAAUUGCCCUCUGAGGACAUUCAACAUCUGAAUGAGAUCGAUGUGAAUCAAAAUUACAUUGUGAGAUGUACUGGAUGGUUGGUGAAGUAG